AUGUAGCCAUUUUUUGCGCAAUUUAGUAUGGAUAUUCGAUAAUUAAUCUCUGAAGAUCCUAAUUUAUUCAAUUCAGGCUUCAGUGAUUUGUAUUUUAAUUAUUUAUCGAAUAGUUUUCAAUCGUUUGACAGUGAUAUAUCAUUUUAGUUCACUAACUAAUCACGGCCAUUUAUUAAUAUUGAUAAUCUAGGAAUCUAAAUGACAUCUAUCAUUAGAAAUGAAGGAAGAAACGAGUAAUUGUUUUAUUAGAUCUUAGUCAAAAAAACUAAAUUUAAGAAAUGUUAAAAAAAAAAAGUGAAUCAUACACAAGAUUAAGUAAAUAUGAAAUACAAAACAAUAAAUUAAAUAAAAAUGAGCCUCAUAUAAAAAUAACUGUCACUAAAAAAUAAAAUCAAUUAAACCCUUCUUAAUAAAUUGAACACUAUAUUAAUUCAUUUGGGUAACUAUGUUUUCAAAUAAAGUAUGAUAGAUUCAAUUAAAAAUGCAGAUUCAGAGGAUGUUAUAAUAGGGAGACAAGAGAAACUUGAAAACUCUUAAGGUUAAUUAAUAUUUCCAAAUGACAUAAGUACAUAAAUCUAUAAAUUUAGUUUUAAGAGAAGCUGAGAGAUUGAUUUCAAGAAUUCAUUGUAAAAUUAUCUUUCAAAAUUUCUUUAGAAAGGAAACUUUAAUAUAACCAAUAUACAAAUAAACAUUAGAUUAAUUAAAAUUGCAUUAAAAUAUAAUUUAGAGAAUAUCAUCAUUUUUAGAGUAUGAUUAUUUUAUACAUAAGGGAACCAAAAGAUUGUUAUGUUUAAGAUCUAGGUAGUGUAUUUGGUACACACAUAAAAGUUGACAGAAGUUAUUCUCAAAUUUAAAAAUAUUAGUAAUAUUGUCUAGGAAGUGAAACAACAAUUCAGAUUCUUGAAAUUCAUAAUUUAGGAUCAGAAUAAAAGUAAAGUGACAUAGAAUUUGAUAAAUUAAUCUCAAAAUUAAGAAACAUUAAAUACAGAUGUUCUUUAUAAGGAUUAAAUCUAAAACUUUAUGAAAGAGCAUUACAGACAGAAUAAAGUUUUGAAUAAAUACUCAUAAAUUUAAAAAGCUAUAAUAUUCCAUUUAUUAUGAUGAAAUUUGGAGGAUCUGGAGUAACUGAUGAUAAUUAGAAUAUUUUUUUUGCCAAAAAUAUUUCUACUGUUUUUUCAAUAGGAAGAGGAAAUGAUAAUAAUAUUAGAAUCAAUUCAAAUACAAUAUCUAGAAAGUAAACAAGAUUCAGAUUUAAUAAAAAGUAGUUAUUAACAAUUAUUUAUAGAGAAAAUUGCUGGGAAAUUGCAGAUGGAACUUCAGAUAAAGAAUCAGCUAAUGGAACUUGGAUGCAACUGUAAACAAUUUAAGAAAGAGAUUAAAAACAUGAAUCUUAAGUUCAUCCUUUAAAACACUUAUCAGAAAUCAAAAUUAGUGAAUAUAUUUUGAAAAUUGAACUUUUUAAGGGAAAGUAUAUAUUUAAUUUAUAAUUUAAGGGAAAAGGAAAAUACUAGAUUUGAUUAUAUGAAAUCUUUUUUAUGA